CACCCUAUAGCGCUACUUUUUGCAGUCGUUUCGGCACCGGUGCUAUGGUUGAGCACCGCCAUGGCUCCACUCGGUUCAUCUCUUUUUGUGCUCACAUGCUGCAUAUUUCUCUACGCCGGCAGAACGCAGGGGCAGAGCGGUUAUAAGGAUGACGGUGAGGGACUUUACAGUGGAGGUGAAGAGAGUGGAUCUGGGGCUAGUGGCAGUGGUGACGACAUGAAAGAGGGAGAUGAGGGAGACAUGGGAACUGAGAGUGAACUGGCAGAGUGUGUGGAUGUUCUUCACAGAGAAGAUGACGAGGGAGAUGAGUUGACCUCUUCCACAGCCUACACUGCUACCAUGUGUAGUGUCCUCUGCAUGGAUAGCAUCACUAACAGCCAACAUUACCAGGAUAUCGAGUCUGAGAGCAUUACUGUUGGUGAUGUUUGGAUGUUCAAGUCGUUCCCACAGUUCAGUUCAGAGAAUGAAAGGACUAACUGCAGAGCUUAUCAAAAGUUUGCUGAGUGUGUCAGAGGUUGUCUGGUGAGAGUGGAACCAACAUCAGCUCAACUCAACCAUCAGGGGCUGCAGGGAUGAAUGUAAAGGGCAGUGUAGGGAAGAGAGAAAUAUUGAUGACCACUACUUCAACCCGUACUGCAGAAUUGACUGUAAUGGAACUGUCUGCAGACAAGGUUGUGACAACUACGAGAGGAUUGUGCGCUCCUUCAAUGCAGCAGGGUCUCCACCAAGUCCUGUCCAGAGACCGCAGUUAGUGUCCUCUACCUUAUUGGGAGAUGUUAUAUGAGCAUCUCGGAAUCUGCCCCGCUAACAAACGACCAGGAACAUACCCCUGCACCAGUGGGAAUUGUCUACCGUGUUGUGGACCAGACCACAAGUUAUACCAGAUACUUUCAAACGGUUUCUCCGGACGAGCCUCUCUAUCUGGAAGAGUUUGCCUGUCGCACUGUCUCCGUAUCUUUCGUGGUGGUUAACAGGUUCGGAGUGUCUCAGGAGUCACCACCUCUCACUUUGAACGUCCCCGGAGGGGAGAUUGUGCUAAGAGCACCAACAGACAUAGACGUGGAAGAGAGCGUGGACAAAAGACCUGACUUCUUUGGACAUGCAGUACUCACCAUCUCCUGGACUCACCCACAAGGUUGACUCAGCUAUCACUCUCUUUCAUAACCUUUCCACGACUCGUCUAUAAUUUUCAGACUAUGUGGAGGGGUUGCACUACUACAUAGUGAAACUUGCACGUAUAGGUGGUGUCGCCGGUGGAGGCAUGCGAUUCACUUCUUCUCCAAUUACCUCUAAUUCACUGACAGUAUCAGAUAGUGAGACAGGACUAGGUGUCUUCCUCCUGCAGUACAAUCUAAUUAUAGAAGUUUGUACGCGGAUGUGGGGUGAAGAUUCUUCUGAAGAAUGCAAACAAGAACGAAAAUAUCUAUCAACUGUGGCACGUUUGGAGAAACCUAUGGUUGUCACACACUGUGUACCCCACCGGAAUGGAUUGGACUUCGACUUUACUAUCCACUGGACUGUGCAAGAGUUUGUGGCCUAUGGAAACGAAAUUUUCAGCGGUUUUCUGGUGGUCAUUGAAGACAGAAUCGCCGAACAAUUCAUACGUAAUGACGAUGUGAACAAGAUAGCUAAUCAGACAGAGUACUCCUACAAGUGGUUUGAUUUACCACCACUGGAGCAAGACACAACAUAUACAUUUAUAGUAUCAAUUCAAUGGCUGUCAUCUGAUAGUUACAAGCAACCUUCAGUUUUCGAUGCCAAUUGCACUAUGCCAGCAGUUCCACCUUCCUCGAGUCCAGUGCUGGAUGUGAGACUGUCAGAGCUAGAGUUUUCCGAGGAGACAAUGGAGGUCCAGUUCCGGGUUCAGUGGAAUCCCCCCACAACUCCGAAUGGGCAAAUCACACACUACCUUGCCUGUCUAGGGGGCCGCAAAAUCCCCAAUUUUGAACAGGGACCGGGUGACGUGAAGGACGGAAAUGAUACAACUUGCCAGAAUAUAGACAAAGAGAAGAGAUCCUUUGCCUGGACGACUAGGCUUCCUCGUCCAGACUACAUCUAUUUUCAGAUGAGAGCCCACACCAAGCUGGGAGGAGCUGGAAGCUGGAGCGAGGCCGUUGUAAUCUCCGACAAAGCCAUUUCCAAGACUAUCAUCUGCAGCACUCCGCCACCCUUCGAGGCCCAGAGGGAGAGUCCGGAGUCUUCAGCGACGUAUGUCCCAGUGUUGGGUGCACUGGGAGCAGUGAUUGGUCUCACUCUGCUGGCUCUGCUCGUGGCUCUGACUGUGGUGUGUGGCAGGAUCCGUAACUAUACACAAAGUAUAUGUAAUCAUAACAGUAUAGCUCGCUAUAUAGUAGCUACAUAGCUACAUGGACAUGAUUAAUUAACUCUUGCUGCACAUGCGCAGCGAAGGUUACUGUAUAGCUAAUUGGCGAGCGGGAGCGAGCCAACCUAGUCGUUCGUUC